UUAGUUGAAGAAAUUUUAAUCGUGUCUCUGCUGCAUUAGAGGGAAUGAUAAUGAUUUUGUAACAUUGUGUCAGACUAAAUUCAAGAUCGAUUCGAGCUAUCUUUUAUUUUCACAAUAUGAUGUAGUCAGGGACUUGUAUCCUCUUCCCCUAAAUCUCGUUUGUCCUUCCUUUUGAAUGCAGGGAUGACAAAGAUGGACAAGAAUAGGAAAAAAUCUAGAGGACAUAGUUCUCGAGAGCCUACGGAUAUGCAGGACCAAGAGAUGGAUAUAAGGAAGAUUAUGAAAGAUGUUGAAAAUUUUAGUUACUCACAUAUGACAUGGAAAGAACGCAAGAAGAUUGAAGAUAGAAAAAUUGUUUCUCUUUGUGGAAAGGCCCCCAAGAAUCAGAGAUUACCUUUAAGUGUGGCUCGACCAAUGAUGAAGAAACAAAAAGAGAGGGAGCAAAAAAUGCUCCAAGAGCGUUUGAUUAUGGGACAAUUUGGGGGAAAGCUUGGUGGUAGCAGUAAAAGAUCAGCUGUAAAGCACAAGCCAGAAAACAAGGGUUUGAAGUUGAGUGAAGGUCAUUUUAGAAAUGGCAUACUCAACGUGAAGCAUUUGUUGAAUUCAGCACCAUCAAGAGAUCGUGAAACUGGAACAUGGAAAGGUAAAGGUGGUAACAAGAAACAGGGUAAUAAAGGUGCCGGUAAGAAGCAGCGUUCAGCAAAUCCUUUUUGAUUAAGGUUAUAAAUCUAACAUGGUCCUGGUGUAAGCCUUUGCAUAGUACACUAGAAUAGAACAGAACAGUGCAACAUGACAAUGAUGUCUUGUGUUGUAAUUUAAAACUGAAUAACAUCUUGUGUCUUGUUUUCCGUUUUUGUGCUUAUCUUCCAUGAAGUACUAUGAAAUAUAAUAUUAAGAACAGAUAAUAGCUGUUUUUUCCUUACA